AUGACUGCAGAAGAAGUUGGAGGAAAGACAAAACAAAAUAUAAUCGAAGAGACGAUUACCGAGAUGAUCAGCUCAGACGCCAGAUCGAGGCUUUCUAACAUAAAAUCAGUGGCACUCGAGAGGUACUACAAGAUAGAGCAGCUUCUAUACGACAUAUACACGAUCCAGCGCAUAGAGAAAAUAACAGAUGCAGAGUUUCUCAAGAUACUGCAGGCAACGGAAAAGCCGAAGAAAACAUUCGUGUACACGAAGAGGUACGAUCUUUUGGAUGAGCUGGAUUGA